CACAGUUAUGAUAAAUAAAGUGAGAGAACAUGGACGUGAUGACGUAGACGCUGGUAGCAGGAAGUGACGUCAAGGCCCGUCAGUCUGUUGAUGUUGUUGAUGUCGGCAGGAAGAAGAAGAAGAAGAAAAAGAAGAAACGGACGGAGUCUCGUUUUGUUUUUGUUUUUCUAAACGGAGGGAAAGUUCCCGCUCCGCCGCCGCCGCUUCUUCACCUCCCGCGUCGUUAACGGUGAGCUCUCGGUGUGUGGAGGCGGAGCUCCGGACCGGAGCCGAAUACAGCAACACUUUAGAUCUAGAAAGGGAGGACUCGUCACCCGCUGACCCCCUCCUCCUCCCUCCGUCUCUCCUUCUCCAACAUGACGAUCCUCCCGAAGAAGAAGCCCAGCUCUGGGGUUGGAGUGUCGGACCACGCCGAUGACAGCGACCGUCGCAGCGGCUCCGACCCGCACCAGCACCCGCACGCGGGGCGGACCGGAGCGCGGCCGAGGGCUUCGCCUCCGCCGUGGUCGUACCAGCCCGCUCCGCCCUCCGCCAGAGACGACAGGCGGAGCAUCGAGGCCAGCUCCCGGCCGCAGCAGGCCUCUCCGCCGCCGGUUGGCUCCGUGUCCCCGGUGGGCCCCGGGGACGGUCGGGACGGCAGCGGGGGGAUGGUGGCCGUGCCCCGCGGGGAGCUGGUGGUGUCGGCCGGCGUAGUCGGAUGCGGCGGCGGCCUCGGCAGCUGCUGCUCCGGGCCUGGACUGAGUAAGAGACGGCGGCAGGCAGGCACCUGCUCCGGCGGAGUGGUGGCGACUCUGGCCGGCGGAGGCCAGCCCGGUGUGACCGGGAACGGAGGAGUGGGCUCCAGCCAGGACACGGAGGAGGGAGCCGGAAAUAACAGCGAGGACGAGUACGAGAACGCGGCCCGGCUGCAGUCCGUGGACCCGGCCACCGUGGAGCAGCAGGAGCACUGGUUUGAAAAAGCUUUGGGGGAGAAAAAAGGCUUUGUCAUCAAGAAGAUGAAGGAGGACGGAGCAUGUCUGUUUAGAGCUGUGGCUGACCAGGUGUAUGGAGAUCAGGACAUGCAUGAAGUGGUCAGGAAACACUGUAUGGAUUACUUGAUGAAGAACGCGGACUAUUUCUCCAACUAUGUGACGGAAGACUUCACCACGUACAUCAACAGGAAGAGGAAAAACAAUUGCCAUGGCAACCACAUCGAGAUGCAGGCCAUGGCAGAGAUGUACAACCGACCAGUAGAGGUGUAUCAGUACAGCACAGGUGAGUUGUCACAUGACGGCCCGCCCAUCCGUCACUGUCAGCCAAGCACACCUGACCCCGCCUGCUUUUCUGCCGCAGAGCCAAUCAACACGUUCCACGGCAUCCACCAGAACAACGACGAGCCAAUCAGAGUGAGCUACCAUCGUAACAUCCACUACAACUCUGUGGUGAAUCCUAACAAGGCCACCAUCGGGGUGGGGCUGGGUCUGCCUGCCUUCAAGCCCGGGUAUGCAGAACAGUCUCUGAUGAAGUCGGCCAUAAAGACGUCAGAAGAGUCGUGGAUUGAGCAGCAGAUGUUGGAAGACAAAAAGCGAGCAACAGACUGGGAGGCGACGAACGAGGCCAUCGAGGAGCAGGUGGCACGAGAGUCGUACCUGCAGUGGUUACAGGACCAGGAGAAGCAGGCCAGACAGCCUCGUAAGGCUAGCGCCACCUGCAGCUCAGCGACGGCAGCAGCCUCCAGCGGGCUGGAUGACUGGAGUGCCCGGUCGCCGCGGCAACGAGACUCUGACCCCUCCCACUCUGACCUCACAACCACUUCGUCGACCAACAACAAGCCCCCCUCCCCUGCCGGAGCCGCUCUCAUUCUGAGCAAACCCCCCUCCCCCUGCGCACCAGGUCCCAGUAAUCAGAGUCGUCAUCAUUUGGAGUACAGAGCCAUCAUGCAGGAGAUGUCACCAACAGCAUUUGGUCUCACAGACUGGGAGGACGAUGAGAUCCUGGCGUCCGUCCUCGCCGUCUCACAGCAGGAAUAUCUGGACAACAUCAAACACCAGAGCACCACCAUGCACCGAGAGAGAGAACCGUCACCUGACAGCAGCUGAUACACACACACACACACACACACACACACACACACACACACACAAACAACCAUGACUUUUGAUCCCUCCCUCCCUCUGCCCACUCGCCCGCCUCUGACCCACUGAAGGAGAUCGACCAGGGACAAAAUAAAACAUCAAACCAACUCACACUCUCUUUCUUUCUUUCUUUCUUUCUUUCUUUCUUUCUUGUGUUCAUCACUCCGUUCUGUCAUCUCCUUUCUUCUUCCCUCUUUCCUUCCCUUCCUGCCAUGACAUCCUGCUGCUUCCAGUCAAUCAUGAUGCAGCACAUCACCACAGUCUCCGCCUCCUCUUCCUCCUCCUGUCCUCCAGGGAGCGCUCGCUCGCUCUCUCACUCCACCGGCUGAUUUGGGAUCAUUUUUACACGUAGUUGACUUUUCAGAAUUGUACUGAUGAUUGUGUGUGUAACGGUAUGUUAGCGAUGGGCUAACAGAACAGGUGUAGCUGUAUGCUAAGCUAGCAUGUAGUGUACGUUGUCAUCCAUGUGUGGCAGCAGCAUCGCCCUCUAGUGGCCACUCUUGUCAAGACUCUAAUGCUAACUCUCAUUCUGAUGCCGGCAGCCAUUUUAAGUUGCUAAUGAUGUCAUUUGUGUUGUAAAGCUACUUCCCGCUAUCACUGCUAAGAAGUAGCAUUACAGUUAGCUUCACUGCACUCCCACUGACAGCCUGUUUGUGAGGAACGCUAACAUUGCUAAGUGUAACAGUACAAGCUCCUGUAGGCUAUGUUAGCGUGCUUUUUUUUUUUAGCAAGCUAGCUAUCACCUGAAGUCUUAAUGCACUUAGCUCCUGGUCUUCCUGGUAACGGUUAGCUGCUGACAAUGGAAGCUACAUGAGGGACAUUGUCCUGGUAACGGAUAGCAGCUAACAGUAGAAGCUAACUGUUAGCAGGCAACAGUGGAAACUACAUGAGAAACAUUGAUGAUGUUGAUGCUAAGCUAACAGCAGCACACACAUGGUGCUAGCACAGACGUGUAGCUCCCCCUGGUGGUCAUGUAAGGAGUGAGGAAUGCUAAUAAGCGCGCAAGCUAACACCUCAUGUCUUAUGUUUUAAAGUUAGCUUAGCCACUGUUAGCUCACUUUCACAGCAGCAAAUCAUGUGACCAACACACACUCACACUCUGUAACUCCUCCCUCUCUCUCUCUCUCUCUCCAUGUCGUCUUCCUCUCUUCUUCAUCAUCUUCAUCAUCAUGGACUUAUUUAGCUGCAUGUUUAAUUGACCACAACCAAAUAUCAUCAUAGAGAAAAGGUGAAAAUAAAGGAGAGAAAAGAUAGAAAACUGUCAAACUUACCCUUAAAUGAUUAUUAUUGUUGUUAUUAUUAAUAAUAAUAUAAGUUUGUUUUAUUUUAUUUUCUCAUUUGGGAUGAAAAUACCUUUUUUUUCUUGGAAUAAAAAGGAAAAUGUUUCUGAAACAAA